AUGGCAAUCUUCAUGCAGGACUCCCUCCCUGAGACACUCGGUAUUUACCAGUACUUGACACGUGCAACUCCUGCUCGACCCCUGCCAUGCUACCUGCGCCGGCAGUCCUCAGGCUUCGAGGAGAUCCUGCUCGACAUGAAUGACAUCAGCUCUGAGGGCACGCUGGGACAGAUGAAGGUCUCCAAAUCGCAAAAACUCUUGGCUUAUACCCUGGAGACACAGCAGGGAUCCGAAAUAUACACCGUCCAUGUGGACGACUUGGAAACAGGAAGAACCCUUGAUAUCAUCCCUGACGUGCAUAGCAUAGAACUGGCUGGGGACAAGUCACUCCUUUACACCGUCGGUGAUUCGUCCAAAAGGCCCUCAAUGGUCCACAUUCUGGACGCAGCCAAUCCAUGGCACCAAAGCAAGAUUUGCAUACAGUCCCGCGCAGAAGGGUGUGAGUACUUCAUUGAGCACCAUGAAGGCCUUUUGUACAUCUUGACAAAUGAUGGCGGGGGAGAGUAUGUGGUCAAAGUUGCGGAGCUAAAAGGGACACGGAAAGGGCAAUGGGAGACGGUGGUGCCAGUGAGGCAAGGAUGCUGUAUAGAAGACAUGGACAUCUUUGAGAGUGCGCUUGUCCUGUAUGAGAGGCGCAACGGGUGGCCAGCAAUUUCAAUUCUGUCCCUGCAGAGUGGCACAGACCCUCGGCAUCAGCUUAGAGAGAUUUGUCUACCGGAAGACAUGGCAGAAGUGGUCCCCGGUGCCAACCCUGACUUUAAGGCAAGAGACAUCAUAGUGCGCCUAUCUUCACCUGUCAACCCAGAAGGUGCCAGUGAUGAAUCAAAGCAAAGUGAUACGACCAAUCUAGAAAACGGCGCCCCCGGGAGCAUCACUUUUGAAUCAGACCCAGAGUUCAUCUGCACAAGGGUGGAGGCACAGUCGCCAGAUGGAACCAUGAUUCCCAUCACGCUGUCCCACCAGCGCGGCUUGAGAAUGGACGGAUCCCAUCCGGUAUUGCUGCAUGCCUAUGGCGCCUAUGGCAUGUGGGUUGUGGCCCUGGCACACGUCAGAGGGGGCGGGGAGCUGGGGCGCCAAUGGCACAAGUCCGCAACUGGUAGCGCCAAAUCCAAGUCAUUGGAUGACCUGGAGGCAUGCAUGGACUUCCUGAUCAGGCGCAGGUACACCAGCAAGGGACUUGUUGCGCUGGAGGCCGCGAGCGCCGGCGGCCUGCCGGCCGCAGCGCUUAUCAAUCGGCGCCCUGACUGUAUCGGCGCAGCCGUGCUGCGCGUUCCCUUUGUGGAUGUGCUGACCGCCAUGCAGGAUCCCUCCCUGCCGCUCACAGUGCAUGAGUAUGACGAGUUUGGCAACCCGGCGGCGGACGAGGAGACCCUGCAAAGCCUGCGGGCGCUGUGUCCAUACCAAAACAUCCGGCCCAACACGUUUCCGCCGGUGCUUGUGACUUGCGCGCUGAAUGACCAGCGGGUGCCCGCCUGGGGCCCGGCGAAGUAUGUGGCCCGCCUGCGUGCAAACCAGCUGGGAAGCGCCGAGAUCUUCCUGGAGCACAGUGCCAAGGGCGGGCACUUUGGGGAUGACGCGAAUGCAGUGCAGGAUGCUGCCAGGAACUAUGCGUUCUUGCUGCAUGCCAUGGACGGGGGUUGGCGCUGA